AUGGCACCUGGUGUGAUCUCCACUCAUCUCAUCCUGGUUUGCUUGGCUGGCAUGAGUAGCUCAGCACCUCUGGGUGUAGAGAAGAACGAUCAACUGAGAAGCAAAAUAGCCAAAUUAAUAGAAUUCUAUAACAACCAGUCUAGCACUGACUUUCUGUUUAAGCUUCUGAAGGUUGGAGAUGGGACCAUUUCAGACCAGCAGGAUGGAUCUACAGAUGCACAAACUGUCAGUUUUGUUCUGCAAGAGACUGACUGCUUCAAAUUGCAGGAACAUACCAACCCUGACAACUGUGUCUUUAAAGCUGAUGGAGAGGUAAAACAAUGCAGCGUAUCCAUUUCUGCAGGGGAGCAGGAGUUGAGGUGCGAGUCUCCAUCCGCUUUAAUGCACGUCCAGACAAAGCAAUGGGAUCAAUAUUCAGAAGCCUUAAGUAAAAGACUGAAAAGUGCCGAGUGCCUGGAAUGUAUAUUUUCUCAGGUUCCGAAAUAACACGUAUAAGACGUGAUGCAAGUCUUUGUCACCAGCUGCUAUAACAAUGUCUACAGCUGAGAUGUGUUUGUCCUCCUGCUAAAUUAACAACUAGUUGGAUUCUGAAAUAAAAUUACAUUUAUCUUA